AUGGACCAACGUCCAGCAGUGCCAACUUACAUUCUGCGCGGCCACGAGGCCGCCAUCCACGCUCUACAUUUCUACGGCAACAACGCCUACUUGGUCUCCGGCGACAGUGAUGGCUGGUUGGUCAUCUGGAGUUUGACGACGAAGAGGCCCCUCGCGGUCUGGAAGGGUCAUGAUGCUGGAGUCAUGGCCAUCCAUCACUGGACUGACGAGAGAUUGAUCAGCCACGGAAGAGACCACAAGCUACGAGUCUGGCAGGUCCGCUCAGAAGACCUCAAUAGACUCAGUCAGAGACUACCCGCCGAGCAAGCAUCCGCCGAUACCAGUACCCAAGCACAACCAUGGCUAUUACACUCGCUGUCGGUCAACGCGCUGAACUUCUGCGCCUUUUCCAUGUGUGACGAAGAAGAAGAUCCCCAUCAGCAGAGGCAGCGGCAGAACAGCAGCGCACCAACACCGCAAUUAAUUGCGUCGCCCAACGGGCUGGAUUCAGGCGGAAUCGACAUUUUCCAACUCCCUUCCGAAAAGCGAAUAUCUCAAAUCUACUCACAAACGGACUGCACCACCGGUAUGGUGAUGGCAGUGUCGUUGUUCCAUGCCAGGCAAAAUUCAGAAACACUAGUUUUGGUGUCCGGGUACGAAGAUGGACGGGUGAUGGUUCAUUCGUAUCAUGGGAGACUAUCGGCUGAUGGCCAGAAUCAGAGUCGGAGUCACUGGCAGCUGCGAGCGGUCAGUAAGCCGCAUUCUCAGCCGGUCCUCUCACUGGGCGUGCUGCCGUCGAGAGACUACUUCUUUACUUCUGGGGCAGAUGCCAUGAUCGCCAAGUUCUCCCUCGCGCUCAGCGACAGGAAAGAGGAGGGCGAUUUACAGCCGGAGAAGCUUGUAAACACCAAACAUGCCGGCCAGCAAGGCUUGAGUGUGCGAUCGGACGGUAAGAUUUUUGCCACGGCUGGUUGGGAUGCCCGGGUCCGGGUGUACUCGUCCCGCACACUGAAAGAACUGGCUGUCUUGAAAUGGCACAAGGUGGGAUGUUACGCUACGGCUUUUGCGAAUAUCCUGCCUGACGAGACCACCGGCGUGAUAGAGUCGAACUCUGACCAUGAAGCCUCGCCUGGUACGUCGCAUGCAGUCACGUCGUCUGUUAGUGCCCUUGACAUGAUCAAGAGGCAGCGAGAAGAAAAAGCCCGCAUGACCCACUGGCUGGCAGCUGGCGGCAAAGACGGGAAAAUAUCUUUAUGGGACAUAUACUAG